AAAAAAUAUCGCUCUACUGAAUUUUGGGCUAUUAACUACGAGUAUCAUCGUAUGGUUUUCAAAAUGCGAACUGACAAAAGAAAAACAGACCGAGCUAAUAUUAGUGCUGUAAGUGAAGUCAUAAAUGGAACAAGUAUGCGUAAAGCAGCUAAUGAUAAUAAAAUAGACAGAACCACGCUUUCGAGGUAUGUCAAUAAAUUAAAAGCUACCCCUGAUUCUGAUGUGUUCAUGGAGUAUACAAACCCACGCCAAGUUUUUUCGAUUCAACAAGAACGAAUAUUAAGGCUUCAUACAGGUGGCAUCAAUAUUUUAUGGUUUAUCUCCAUCAGAUAUACGUGGCCUUUCUUAUAAAUGUGCCGUUAAAUAUAACCUAAAAGUACC